CCUCAUGUUUAGUAACACUUCGAACGUUUGUCGAUCUCCAUGUAGGGAGAGUAUACGACGAUCGUAUUGCGUACCCACUAGUCUUCUACAUAAAUAAAAUCAGUCUAUAAUCAGUGUAUGUUACGAGUGCUUAACGUCGAGUUGUUGUUAAACAAUCGGUAGUGCGCUUCCCCUACCAGCAAAAUUCUGAUGUUUUUCCAUCAGAAAAGAAAAAAAGAACUUUAUUUGAAAUAAAUUUUAUAAACAGAAAAUCUUCGAAAGAAACGGAAAAAAUUGUGCGUGGUUCCAGUGUCUGUUGGUAGUAGUGUUGUCGUCUUGUUAACCAAAAAUAAUAAAAAAAAAAAUAAUACAAUUAUUUGUUGUUCGUGGCGGAUACGCGUCAGUUUUGCGGAAUAUGUUGCCAUUACCCAGAGGCCUAUGGGGUCUCUCGGGUUUGAGUGCCCCUAAGAGGCAUGGUCUACUGUUAACAACAGUAGUUGUUAUUGUUGUUACCUUUGCCCUAUUUGGAAAUACUGCUGAUGCUAAGCAACCCGAUCAAAAGUGUAAUGGCGUUGUAUGUGAUUGUAAAGGUUUGAAGGGACGGCCAGGUGAUAUUGGUGUGCCCGGUUUUCAGGGAUACGAGGGACCAGCUGGUGAUUUUGGUCCACCCGGUCCAUCAGGACGUCCUGGCGAAUGGGGUGAUCCUGGUGAGUAUGGUGGUCCAGGCGGAAAAGGUCAUCGUGGUGACAUGGGAUUGGCUGGUCAUCCAGGAGCUCCUGGGCCUCGUGGUCGUUUUGGUGAAGAUGGUACCCAAGGUCCUCGUGGUAUUGAUGGUUGUGAUGGUAAGACUGGCCAGCAAGGUACUCCAGGUUCGCCCGGCAGACAUGGUGGUCGUGGUGAAAUCGGUAAGCCUGGUCCUCCAGGUCCAACUGGUGAUGCUGGUGAAGGCGGUAUCAACUCUAAGGGAACUAAAGGUAGUCGUGGUGAUCGCGGUACUGAUGGAUAUGAUGGUCAACAAGGUUAUCCUGGUAUGAAGGGCUACAAGGGUGACACCGGCUUUCCGGGCUUGGAAGGUGCCAAGGGUGAAUUUGGUGCCAAAGGUUACAAGGGUGAAAUGGCUGAACUUGCCGACUUGCAAUUACAAGAACAAGGUGAACAGGGUGAGAAAGGUGAACCUGGUGAUGCCGAAGAAGGUGAAUGGCAUCCAAGGCCAGUUACCAAGGGUGAAAGAGGUGAAAGAGGUGUAACUGGCGACAAGGGCAUUCCAGGUCCUCAGGGUGAAGACGGUGAAUUUGGUCGUCAAGGUCUGCCCGGUGUUCGAGGUGAUACUGGUGAGGCUGGUGAACGUGGUAAGCCCGGUAAGCCUGGUGAUCCCGGUUUUCCUGGUGCUAAAGGUGUUAAAGGCGCUCCUGGUUACAAUGGCCGUGAUGGUGAAGAUGGACUUACUGGUGAACUUGGUGAUGAUGGUUACAACGGCACACCUGGUGUACAAGGUCCAGCAGGUCCUCCCGGUAUUUACGAUCCCAAUUUAGAUGUUUCAUUGCCCGGUCCCAUUGGUCCCCAAGGUGAAAUUGGUGAACCUGGUUUGCCCGGUUUGUCAGGUAUUCCCGGUCGUGCCGGUCGUCGUGGUCCCCGUGGUCAAACUGGACCUCCUGGCGAUGCAGGUUUGGGUGGUCUUCCGGGUCGUCGCGGUGCCAAUAUUAAGGGUGACGAUGGUGAUUUUGGUUUAAUGGGUCCUCCUGGUCCUAUGGGUCCUCCUGGAAAUCCUGGUCCAAUUGGUCGCGUGGGUGCCGCUGGUAAUCCCGGUAAAAAUGUACUUGGUCCUAAAGGUUUUGCUGGUCAACUUGGCAUUCCUGGUCUCGAUGGCUAUCGUGGUGAUCGUGGUGAUAAUGGCUUACCUGGUGAGAAAGGUUUACCCGGCUUAGGUGUUGAUAAGGUUGGUCCCGCUGGUCCCGAUGGUAUGCCCGGUCCUCGCGGUCAACCUGGUGUUGACGGUCUUCCUGGUUAUCGUGGUAUGCCCGGUGACAAAGGUUUUCGAGGUGACGAUUGCGGUAUUUGUCCUGCUGGUCCUAAAGGCAUUCCCGGUAUUCAUGGUGAUGCUGGUUACCCUGGUGCUCAUGGAGCUAGAGGUCUUUCAGGUAUUACUGGAGAACGUGGCUUCAAGGGUUUACCUGGUCGUCCUGGUCUAACAGGUUUCAAGGGUAUUCGGGGUACCGAUGGUAUUCCUGGUGAAUCUGGUCAGGCUGGUUUUCCUGGUUUCCCUGGUAAAGUUUUGAGCACUGGCAACAAACGUGAAGCUGAAGUUGGAGAUAUAGGUGAUGAUGGCGAACGAGGUAUACAGGGUGAAACAGGUGACCGUGGAGCCAGAGGUUCCGAUGGUCUACGAGGUUUUAAGGGCGAAACAGGCUUGCGUGGUGAUUAUGGUGAUGCUGGUUACUCUGGUAGAGAUGGAGCUCCUGGUAGACAUGGUAAAGAUGGAAGACCUGGUAGAAAUGCUACAACUCCGAAAGUAUAUCUUAUUGGUGAACCCGGUUACGAUGGUCAAAAAGGUCCAAUGGGUGAGCCUGGUGACGUGGGUCCCAAGGGUGAAAAGGGUACACCAAAGCCCGGAGAAAUCUAUGACAACAAGGGCCAACGUGGUGACAAAGGCUAUCCAGGCAAUCCUGGUCCUCAAGGUCCUAAAGGAGAAGCUGGUACUAAGGGAGCUGAUGGAGCUCGCGGUGAUCUUGGUUUUCCUGGUGACACAAUUACUGGUCCUCCUGGUUUCAAGGGCUGGCCUGGCAUUAUUGGUGAUAUUGGUAUACAUGGCUCCCCUGGUUUACCAGGCCAUAAUGGUGCUCCCGGUAUUGAUGGAUUCGGCGGUGGUAAAGGUCUCCGUGGUGAUCCAGGUCCAAAUAUUUUGGCUGGUGAAAUCGGUCCCGACGGUCUUCCUGGCCCAGUUGGUGUCUUCGGUGAUGUUGGCUUUAACGGAUUCCCCGGUCCUUCCGGCAAACCUGGUGUCAAAGGCGUAAAAGGUACCAAGGGUGACGAUGGUCCCUUAGGUCUGCAGGGUCUGCCCGGUAACAAAGGAAUGAUCGGUGACACUUUAAUGGGUUACCCCGGUAUGGCUGGUGCUCCCGGUCGUAAUGGUCGCGUAGCUCCUCAUGGUCGCAAGGGUCAAAAGGGUGAAACUGGAUAUCCCGGUCCCGAUGGUGUUCAAGGUGCCAAGGGUAGUAUUGGUUAUACUGGUCGUCGUGGUCCUUUGGGUGACAAAGGUUUCACUGGUGUUCCUGGUCUUAUGGGUAUGCAAGGUUUUGUUGGCAUUCCUGGCGAACAAGGUGACCGUGGUGAUCUUGGCGAAGAUGGUCGUCAUGGUGAUAUGGGUCCAAGAGGAGCCAUCGGUAGCAUGGGUCCUAAAGGUCAAAGUGGAGAAAUUGGCGGCUUUGGUCGUCCUGGCUUUAAUGGUGUACUUGGCCGUAAAGGUCAACUUGGUGACAAAGGUUUCAUGGGUCCUAUCGGUCCCAAAGGUUUCGCAUCUCGUAGCGGUAUUAAGGGCGAGGCUGGAGAUAUGGGAUAUAGAGGUCCUCGUGGUUAUGAUGGCGUGCCUGGUGAAAAGGGUGUUCAGGGUUUGGCUGGUGAUCAAGCAUUCGGCAAUGAUGGUUCCCCUGGCAGAAAGGGUGAAACUGGUGCACCAGGUAUGCCCGGCCUUGAUGGUCUACCAGGUCUUAAAGGUAUGCGUGGUGACUACGGUGUGAUGGGAUUCAUGGGAGAAACAGGUGAUCGUGGCGAUGAAGGCGUACCCGGAUAUCCAGGUAGACACGGUGCACCAGGUCCUAAAGGUGCUGUGGGUGUAAUCGGUCGCAUGGGUGAUGCUGGUGAAGUAGGCGAAAGAGGAGAAAUUGGCUUUGCUGGUUAUGAUGGAGCUCCUGGUGAUCGUGGUGAGACUGGUAUACCUGGUCCUUUCGGUCUCCAAGGUGAACAGGGUGAUGAAGGUUUCCCUGGUCGCCCCGGUGUGUUGUUGGUUGCUUACGCUGAAAGAGGUCAAAAGGGUGAGGCCGGAUAUAGAGGUGAAAUGGGCCCAAUGGGUGAACAAGGUAUAGAUGGUGCCACAGGUUAUCCUGGCCGCAAGGGUGAAUAUGGUGAUAUUGGCUUAGCUGGUAUACCAGGUGUUGAUGGUUAUGCCGGAACUAAGGGAGAACAUGGUGAUAAGGGUUAUCCUGGUGCUCCUGGUAUGACUGCAGAUUUUGCUGAACCUGGUGAUGAAGGUGAUACCGGUUACGAUGGUCUCUCUGGCCGACCUGGUCGCGUAGGACCCAAGGGAGCCCCUGGUGAUAUGGGCGAAUAUGGUUUGGACGGAGAAGUCGGUGAAAUGGGCAUUAGCAUCAUGGGCAUCAAGGGUGUCACUGGUGAUAUUGGUCAUCCUGGCCCAAUGGGACGCAAUGGCUUACACGGCAUGGCUGGCUUUAAGGGUAUGGUUGGUGAGACUGGUCACAGAGGUAUGCGUGGUGAUUCUGGCAUGGUUAUACCCGGCUUGCGUGGUGACAAAGGUGAUACUGGACCACAAGGCGCUCCCGGUUUUGAUGGCCGCAAAGGUGAACGCGGUAUGCCCGGUAAUCCCGGACGCACUGGACCUGUCGGUUCUCGUGGAACUCGCGGUCCAAUGGGUGAUGCCGGUUGGAACGGAGGAGAUGGUUUAGACGGUCUUAGAGGUCCCGCUGGUGAACCUGGUGUAACAUUCCCCUUCAAUAUGGCUCGUAAAGGCGAUAGAGGUGAACAUGGUUUGGAUGGCUUCAAGGGUUCAAUGGGCGAUAUGGGAGUUGAAGGAGAAGUUGGCUUCCAAGGCGCUCGUGGCUUAAAGGGCUAUCAAGGUGAACAAGGUCUUAUGGGCUUGGGCGGCUCCGAAGGUCCUAAAGGAGAACGUGGUAUGAUGGGUGCUCCUGGUUUGACGGGUCUACAAGGUAUUCGUGGUGGUAAGGGUUAUGUCGGUGAACCAGCCCCACCUCCACCACGUGCCAAGAGUCGAGGCUUCAUAUUUACUCGCCAUUCUCAAUCCGUUUAUGUACCAAAAUGUCCGGCUAACACUCACAAACUAUGGGACGGUUACUCUAUGGCCGCUAACAUCGGUAACAGUCGAACUGUUGGCCAAGAUUUGGGUAGAGCUGGUUCCUGUAUGAUGCGCUUCAGCAUGAUGCCUUAUAUGAUGUGUGAUAUUAACAACGUUUGCAAUUAUGCCCAAACCAACGAUGACAGUUUAUGGCUCGGAACAGCUGAACCCAUGAAUGUCGCUAUGACACCCCUACAACCAACUGAAAUUCAGAAAUACAUUUCACGUUGCGUCGUUUGUGAGACAACUACUCGCAUUAUAGCUAUGCACAGUCAAAGUAUGAGUAUACCCGAAUGCCCCGGAGGUUGGGAAGAAAUGUGGACCGGUUACAGUUACUACAUGACAACCACUGACAACACUGGAGGCUUCGGACAAAAUCUGGUUUCUCCUGGUUCUUGUUUGGAAGAAUUCCGUGCUCAGCCCGUUAUCGAAUGUCAUGGCCAAGGACGUUGCAAUUAUUAUGAUCCUGUAUUCUCAUUCUGGUUGGCGGUAAUUGAAGAACAUGAGAUGUGGUCAAUGCCCAGACAACAAACAUUGAAAAAGGAUCAAACAAGCAAAAUCAGCAGAUGUACUGUUUGUCGUCGCCGUAAUGAUUCUUAUGUUACACGUUCAGUCAACUUAGACUCACCGGCUCGUGAAUUCAGACGUGGUCAUGAGCGUGUUGUACCCGCUCCUCAUGCUGCCCAUGCACCACCACCAUCAUUACGCCGUACAAACACCUAUAACAGUAGACGACCUGCUCCCGGCAGUAAUGGUUAUGGGCGCGUCAAUCGCUAUCGGUAUCCCAGAUCAGAUACCACAGCCCCCUAGAUUUUAGACAAAAUUCCAUAACAAAAAAUGUCUUAUUUUGCUCUACAUUUUUAAUCUAAGUAGCCGUAAAUUAAUCAAAACAAACAAACAAACAAAUCUAAAAACCCCAAACAUAAUUUUUUUUCCUUGUAAUUUUAAGUUGUAACGAAACAAAUCUGCCAUUAUUCUUUGAGUGUGCCAUCUUUUUUUUAUUAAAUCAUAUAAAUACAAAACUAAUAAAAAAACAAACAAACAAACAACAAAUAUAAAUAAAAAAUAAAAAAAACUUAAUUCCUUAAUGAAAUUUAAAACAAAAAAGUAGUAGUAACUUUUUUUAUUGUAAUAAAAUUUAACAUUUCUUCUGUUAAAUCUUUAAAAUUUCCCUUCAUUUUGUUUUUGUUUCUUUAACACACUGCCCCAAAUUGUUGUUGUAUAUAAUGCAAAAAAUAAAAUUAAAUUAAAAAUUAAUUAAUAUAGUUAGUUAUCGAGAAAAUAAAGCAUAAAGAACAAACAAAAAUCAACAAAAAAUAACUUAGUGUAAGUUAUAAAAAUAUUUCAACAGUUUUAUAAUGCGUUUUUUUAUCUAAAUAAAAAUGAUAAUAAAUAUAUAAAAUAACAAUGAAUAAAAUACAAAAAAAAAACAAAAA